GACUUGCAUUGCAUUAAAAGCCAGGCAAUACGUACAGGUCAAGCCAAUUUCGCAAGGCUGCCGGCAUUAGGUUCGUAAUAAUCGCGGAUGGGAAAAUCACCAAUGCCUCGUUGUUGAUAUAACGAAUUACGCUUUCUAACAAGAUGGACCCCGUGUCUGCUUGGGGCGUCAUCACCGGAGCUCUCCAGGUGGUCCAGAUCAUCGGCCAAACAAUCGCCGGCUUGUCUGCACUUCGAGGAAAAUACCAGAAUGCCGACCUCACCAUUCGCUCCAUGAUAGGCGAACUGUCGACCAUCAAGUCUGCCAUCACACAGUUGCACGACUGGGCAACUUACAAUGCCGAAGUAAACUCCAGUCACAGAGAGUAUGAGGAGAGCCUGGGUGUCGCAAUCGAUGGUUGCCGUGCGAUCAUGGAGGUGCUCGCCGAAAAGGUCGCAGAGCUGAUCAACAACAAUAAUGAACAAAGAGACGCUACAUUACUCACCUUCAAGACCCGUGUCAAAAUGCUCUGGACCGAAGAGGUGAUGAAUGAUCUCCGCCAGCGAUUGCAUAGUCAAGUUCGCGCUUUGAACCUGCUGUUACAGGCUUGUCAAUGGUGAGUUUAGAGUCGACCAAUAUUCUUUUCGACGGGAAUGGAAAAUCUAACGUCUCCCAAGUCGAUCUUCUACUGAACAGCUUGAGCUGCUCAGGAAAGUGGAAAGCCGUCAUAUAAUCAAGAAAGUGGCCGACGACACCAUUACU